ACUCUUAGUACCGCCCCCUGUAAUGGCAGCAGGGUUGUAUCUACAGUAAAUAAUCGAUGAGGAAGAUCGUCUUUCUGUACUGCAUAAUGCUGACUUUAUGAACCAUCCACACUAACAGAUUCAGCCUACCAUGAGUACAGUGGGAGAAAAUCAGCUGCAGAGAAUAAUCAGAGAUUUGCAUGAUGCAGUUUCUGAGUUGAGCAAAGAACAUUAUGAUUCUGGAGAGCCCAUCACCGAUGACAGCUCCAGCCUUCACAAGUUCUGUUAUAAACUGGAGUACCUUCUGCAGUUUGACCAGAAAGAGAGGACCACAUUUCUGGGCAGCAGGAAAGACUACUGGGACUAUUUCUGUGACUGCUUGGCCAAGAUUAAAGGAGCUAAUGACGGCAUUCGCUUUGUCAAAUCAAUCCCCGAGUUGAAGACGUCGUUAGGGAAAGGACGGGCUUUCAUCCGCUACUGUCUGGUGCACCAAAGGCUGGCAGACACUCUUCAGCAAUGUCUUAUGAACUACAAAACCACAUGUGAGUGGUAUUAUGAACGCAGUCCCUUCCUGAAGUCCCAUCUGAACACUGAUAUCAUCAACCACCUGUAUGAACUCAAUGAGGUCCAGUUUGAUGUAGCAUUCCGAGGUCACGACCUUGACUCUGACUGGCCCACUUUUGCAAGAAAGACUCUGGGAUCAGCUGUCUCACCCGCCCAUGCGUGGAAACCACCCAGCCGCUGCUCAAGUGUCAACAGUCUGCAAGCUCAGGAGUUUCUUCCAGGCCAAGAUUUCGGCUCCAGUCAGCUAGGUGAUCUGGGGGAAUUAGGUGAGUUGUCCGGUAGUGCUUCUGAGGACCUGCGCAUUGAGCUUGACCAGUCAGAGUUAAAACAACAAGAGCUCCAAGAGAAGAUCCAGCAACUCACCAGUGAAGCAGCUGAUCUGAGGGCCGUGGUCAAAGACCAACAGGAACAACUCUUGGCUAAAGGUCCUAAUCAAGAGAAAGAAGUAGAGCAGCAGAUGGUAAAAGCUGUUAGAGAGUGCACAGAUCGCCUCCAUACCACCACACAGGGGCUGGAGGCUCUACGGACAUCAGAACGCAACCUAGAAGCCAAACUGAGCAUUGCAGAGAACAGGAACAUGGAGUUGGUGACAAAGCUCGACGGAGCUCUGAGUGAAAAAGGACAGCAGGCCGCCAACUACUGCGACUCGGCCUGGAAGAUCCAAGAGCUCCUGACCAAGCUAAAGGAGGCAGAGGAAGAAAGGAUUGAGGGUAAACGAGAAAGCGAAGACCGGGCAAGACUAGCUGAGAGACUUGCCCGGGAGCUGAAGCUUCAGGAGGAGAAACUUAAGGAGAUGGAAGGCAAGCUGGACACAUGUAGAGUGUCUGCCGACAAAGAACAAACAACUGCAAUGCAGCAGGCUGAUGAGCUGCAGAUGACCAUCAAUCGCCUUCAGGGAGCACUAUCUCUGAAGGAGCGGGAAACGGGGAACCUACGGACUCAGCUGCAGGACGUACAGAGAGCACUGGAGGCCAAGGAUGGUCAAUUGGAGGAGCACAAGAAAAGGAUAGAAGAGGAGCUACAACACAAAAGUGUACUUGAGGAACAACUGAAUGGAAAGAUGACAGAGUUGUCCACCGUUUCCCAGAAGAUCCGGCAACUGGAGAAUCUCAACCAGCGGUUGACUGUGGAGAGUCAGUGCUUCCAAACGCAAGCCAAGACACUGGAAGAGUACAAGAACCAGUGCACAAGUUUAAUGGAGAUCAAUGGCAAGCUGAUCCAGACUGUGAAAAGAAAUGAGGAGAGCGGCAAGGAGUUGGUGCAAACCAAGAAUGCCCUAGAGAGGAAACUGAUUGCCACACAGGCCUCUGAGAGGCAACUGAGAACCAGAUUGGAGUUGGCUGGACUGACAGUGGAGAACCAAAAUCUUGAGGAGUGCAUCCAGAAUGGCCAGAUGAACAGUGAGGAAACUGAGAUUGAACAACUUGGGGAGAAGAGUAUAUCUAGGCUGGAAGAAUUAAAUGAGAGUGCUGCAGUUCCACAGGAGAACAAGACGACAACUUCUAGACACCUACAAGAGGCCAGUGAAUCCUCAAGAGCUGAUAAUGGAGAAUCCACUUCUAGGUUGGCUCUGGCUGAGGCCCAACUUGAGCUCAACAUGAAGGAGGUUUCCAGACUCCAGGAGGAAGUCAUGGACCUCCGGGCGCAGCUUUUAAUGAGCUCAGAGGAGAGGAUGAAGAUCCAGGCUCUUCAAGAAGUGAUGGAAUCAUCCAGAGAGGAUCUCCAGGCUCAGACGGAGCAACUAAAGUCCCAGGUUGAAGAGCUAAACCGUAGGCAUGUGGAGGAACUGCUUCGUUGUCGGGAAAGAGAGGACACUCUCGUAAAGGAGAGGGAUAUGGAGGCUCAGGUGCGGGCAGAAAUCCAAAUAAACCUGACUGAAAUGAGGGAAGAGCUUCACGAGUUGAAGAAGCAGAACAGCACGCUUGCGCUUGAGAACAGAGAGGCUCAUGAGGCCUUACCACACAGGGCCAACACUGAGACAGCCGAGCUUGGGGUUCACGUUUGCAUGCUGAUGGGGCAGAACCAGGAGGCUCAGUUAAGAUGGGAAGAGCUUUCUAACAAAUUGCAGGAGCUACCGAUGGAGGCGCAGGAGGAGGUGGAAACUCCAAGUGAUACGAUGGAGGCUUUGAGAAAAGAUAAUGCAAGACUCCAAGAGCAGCUAAAGCAGACUGAUGGACUCCCAGAAGCCAUGCAGAAGUUGCAGGAGAGGCUUGAACAGAUGGAAGAGGAAGCCAAAAGCGUCCAAGAGAUACGACAGAGAGAAGUGGACACACUGAAGUCCCAGUUGAGCGAUGAGGCUGCGCACCAUCAAAAUCUGGUGCAGAGUCUGAAUGGGGAACUGGAUGCAUUACGGAAGAGGCUGGACAACGAAGUUGAGAAAGUCUCAAGUCUUGAGUCCAAAGUUUUGGAGCUUGAGUCUGCCAACAGCGAUUACAGUCAGAUGAUCGAAAAGAAAAAUGCCCUCAUUGGUGAAUCUGAAACUAUAAUAAAUCAGAAAGAGGAACAGAUAAAAAACCUCAGAGUGGACUUAACAAGAGCUGAGGAGGAACUGGCUCUUGCAAAGCAGUCCUGUAAUGAACUGGGUGUGAACUUAAGCAGAAGUGUGAUGGAGAAGCAAGCCAUUGAAAUGAAGUUGUCUGCUGAGAUAGAUGACCUUUAUCGUACCAAAAAGAAUCUGGAGGAGAGGCUCAUUGAGCUCAUAAGGGACAAAGAUGCUUUGUGGCAGAAGUCUGAUGCACUGGAGUUUGAACAGAAACAGAGGGCUGAGGAACAGACAGACAGAGACGUCACAUACUGUCUGAGCUGCCGCAACCAAUUCAGCUGGAUGUUGCACAAACAUAGCUGCAGGUCGUGUGGGCGCUCGUUCUGUUACUACUGCCUCAGUCAUGAGACAAGUUUCCACCAGGGCGGCGGCAGUGUGCGCUGUUGUAAGGACUGCUUCAGUCAGCGCCGUCCUGGACAUGCAGAUCUGGGUAGUCCUGUACGUUCAGCCCACAGCCCGAUAUCAAGCCCUACACGAACCAGCACACCUGGUGUCCCAGGGGCACUGAAGUCCCCUCCACAAGAUGACACAGCAUAUGACAUCAUCACAGAAGAGGAAGUGAACUGUGUCCAUGACAGCGACUCAUUGUACUACACCACUGUGCUGCCCUCAGAAACACAACAGCUAAGCAGCAGUGACAUCACCAGCACAGAAGAUUCAGAUGAACUGAUUGACUCAGUUCAGGACGCUGAGAUUUGUCUGCUGAAAUCUGGAGAGAUAAUGCUGUCUGUGCCGUUCAGUGUGGAGGAUGUGGUUCAGUUUGGCGAUAAGUCCAGAGAACUCUUCAUCAGGUCCAGCUGUUACAGUGUCCUUCUCAUAACCGCUGCACAUCCGGGUCUUACGAUCAGCUGGGUCUUCUCUUCUGAACCCAAGAGCAUCGCCUUCAGCGUGGUGUACAGAGAGAACCUAGAUACGCCUCUAGAACAAGCCAAGGUUCUGAUCCCUCUGACGAGAUGUAACUCGCAUAAGGAAACAAUUCAGGGUCAGUUGAAGGUCAGAAACCCUGGAGAAUAUACUCUUAUAUUUGACAACUCCUUCUCCAGGUUCCUCUCAAAGAAAGUCCAGUACAAACUGAAUAUAGAGAAGCCAGAGGUCUGUAGUGGAAGUGAUUGUUCUACAUAGGAAAACAAAUCAUACACAAUUCUGUCUGUGCCAGGUUAUGGGACUGCUUGUCCAGGAAUAUGGCUGUUUAUCAAGCCAAACUUAUAAUGCUGCUUAUAAUUGUGUGGUGAAUCUCACAAAACUGAAAAAAUCCCACAAUCAAAUGAAAGAAAUGGGAAAUUAUACUUCGUAAUGAAAUAAAAUACAUUUUAGGACACAUUAUUUUUUCCCUUGAAUCCCCUGUCCAUGCAAAAAUCAAAUUUUUGUUACUGAAAAAUGUAAAAAUAUAUAAAAAAACAACAACAAAACAUUCAGAUGCAUUAGAUGAAUGGGAGAAAUGUGUGUAAUUGUCAUGAAAAUUAAUGUCAAAAUGCAAAAAAAACAAAAAAGUCUAAAUGCUCCCAAGCUUAAUUUUUCUUUAUACAAAAUAAAGAUUUCUUAUUUUUGUUCAUUUGAAUUUGGGGUGAAAUACGACCUGGACACAUUGUGAGAUUCACCCUCUAUGUAAUUCAAAAGCCACAUUCCUCUUAUGAAUGAUUGCUCUUCAUUCAUAAGCUUUUAUGAAUGAUUUUAACUCCCUCUUGGCAAACUCUAAUAGCCAGAAUGGUACAAUAACUCUGACAUACUUAUCAAGGGAAUGGACAGCAAAAAAAAAAAAAAAACUCAAUGAAGGAAAUCCCCCCUGAAAUUUGGCAUGUUCAGUAGUAAAACAGAUGAAAAUAGUUGGUUCUUAUAACAGAUUAUGCACUACAGAAGAGCUUUAUUACUGUGUUUUGAAAUGAAAUUAGUGAUAUAGAAAUGAAGGAGAUGCUUACAGGUGCAUCUCAGUAAAUUAGAAUGUCAUGGAAAAGUUCAUUUAUUUCAGUAAUUCAACUCAAAUUGUGAAACUUGUGUAUUAAAUUCAUUGCAUGACAUUCUAAUUUAUUGAGAUGCACCUGUAUAUGUCCGAUUACUCACAUACAGAGACAUCAGUCUGUUUCUUUAACAUUUUUUUUUUAUUCCAUCUACCUAAUAUCCAUGUAAGUGUAACAGAUGCUAAAAAUUCAGGACUUUUAAACUGAUAUAAAUGGAUAGUAAUUAUAUAUAUUUACAGUACUUAUAAGAUUGCAUAGUGUAUCUCUCAUAAUAUGGGCAUCGUAGGUCUUUUUCAAAGCUUUAUAAGUCAACUAUGACUUCUGUGCAGACAUAUAAUCUGUAUUCUGAAGGGACGACUGCAGAGUAAUAAGAGGAAACUCCAUUUCCUGGCCAUCUUGUUUAUUUUCAACCAAAAAAAUGCAUUUUCAUUUGGCUGACGCCAGGGAAAAAUUUAUAAGCAAUAAGUCAGUGACUGUGUUUUUUGCAUAAAUGAGAUUGGUGGUGCAGUAACAGAUAACUCCAGCCUGAAGGUGGACAUUGUAAAUGACACUUUUUGUAAUGGCUGAAUUUUAAUAAUAAGCUUUAAUUCUUCACUGUUGCACUUUCUGAAUGUGUUUCCGAGGCUGUUGAUAGCACUUGAUCAGAGUACUGUAAGCAUAUCAGAUUGACUAGCAGUAUUUUUUUAUGUGCAGUUACUGUAAAGAGCUGUGAUAUAACAGUAAUGUUAUAUUACAGCUAGUUUGAAAUGGAGCUGAAUUAAAACUACUUGGUGGCGUGACUCUACUUUGAACCCCCCCCCCCCCACCGGACUGUAUAUCUAUAAAUGUUACAUACAUACUUGUUACUUACAUAAAUACAUAUAGACAUAUAUUUCCAUUUA